AUGGAAUUCAAUAGUGACUAUGCACAAAAACUACAUCGACAUGUUGUUAUAUGGUUGGACGAAUAUAUUGGUCUACCAGCCAGUAAUGAAAAGAUGAAAGAUCGUUUUCGUCGUGUUACUUAUCCACUUGAAACUUUUACCAAAGUUCAACCAACCAUCGAUUUCAUUCGGCAGCAACAAGCUGCUCAAAUGUCUGUAUUUCUUAUUGUUUCAGGCCAAUUAGCUCUUGAUAUUGUACCCCAGGUCUACGAUUAUAAUUGUGUUAUUCAAAUAUUUAUAUUCUGUGCUAAAAUCAAAAAUUAUACUGAAUGGGCUACACAAUAUAUUGACAAGGUACUUAUGUUUGAUUUUGACGAAGAUCUUCUUAUUCGAUUAACCAAUGAAAUUGCCAAUUAUCUUACAGAUGAAGCAGAAAAAUAUGGUAAACAAGACAAAGUAGAAUUCGCUGCUGGAUUACUCGAUUGGGCUGCCUGGCUUUAUAACGAUGCUGAUACGUUACAACGAGCUGCUUGUAAAAAGAUGCUUGCAAAUAUCAAGCAACGACGUCAAAAACUCGAUAUCGAUUAUCAAAUCGUCUAUCCAAAUCAAUUCAAUAAUUAA